AUGAAAAAACUCAAAUCAUCAGCCAAAGAAUUAUCAUCAUCGGAGGAUAAAAGUGAUGAAUGGAAAAAACUAUUCAAAGAAUUGGAUGAUUUAUUACUGGGAGGAAUAACAGAUCAAAUUAAUAAUUUAUGUUCAUAUUUUCGGAAUGAAAUUGUUAAACAUUUAUCAAUUAAUGAUGAUAACAAUGAUUUGAUUCGUGAUUUUGGAGAUGAAUCAACAUUUGAUAUUUCUACAAUGAGUGUAAAUCAGAUAAGAGAAAAAUUUGGAGAUAAAUCGAGUAUUGAUUUACCAGAACAAAUGCAACAAUUACUUGUUGAAUACACCUUGUUGCCAGUUUGUAGAAUUCCAGUGGAUCCUAAACCUUCAUCCAAGUUUAGUCUUUCUUUCAUUAAUGAAGUUCUUUUCAAGCAAUUUCAAUUGAAUACUGUAUUUUCGGAAAAUGUGAAUCAUUUGUUUUCUACAAUUAUAAUACCUUUAUUAACAGAUGGGGAUUUUACAAAUGAGGAAUAUCAGAAAAAACUAGGGAAAAAGAUUGACGAAUUGAAGAGUGAAAAAAAGAAACAAUUUAUAGAGUUUUUAAAUUCUUACUUUGCUUCAUUGGUAUUCUUUUGUCAAUUUGAGUUAUUGAAACAGUUGAGCGAGUGGCUGUUUCUAUUUUCUAAUAGUAUCAAAUUGUGGAUCAUUAAGAGUUUUUUUACCAAGUUUUUGACAACUUCACAGAGUAAAUGUCAACCUUUACGAGAACUAGCCCAGAAAGUUCUCUCCAAACAUCAAAGUUUAAUCAUUAAGGAGGAAGGCCACUAUGUAAAACACAAUGUAAAUAAUCACUUCUUGACUGAUCAAAUCACAGAGGAGGAUGCUGAAUCCCUGGUGAAACCUCCAACAACCAAGGCUCAAGUGGCCUCUCAACUCGUACUCAAAUUAUUGGAUAUGAGUCUCAAUGAAUACUCUCAGGAGGAAAGAAAGAAAUCAGAAUGCCUUAGGCACUGCAUUGAAAUUUUAAAGUAUGGAAAUCUUCACUCCAUCAUGGAUGAUUCUUCAACAAGUGAUGAGAAGAGCAAAUCCAUUCCUAUCUCAAAAUCACUGAGAGGAUACUCAAUUCUAAUAUCAAGUGAGUAUGGACAGGAAAUGAUGGAAAAGCUAUGGCCAAUGCUUUAUGGAUUCAUUGAGAAUUACACUUCAGAACUGGAAAAACCAACAAGAAUUUCACACCAAAUAGGUCUGCAACUUUUAUCACUCUUUGAUUUGGUAUAUCCAUCUAUUGAGAAGAGUCAAGUAGCCAACUACUUUUACCUCAACGACUGUUUUUUACCACUCACUAUGAAAUUACUAAAAGUACUCAAUUCUAGAUUUGAAACAGAUUCAAGCCAAUCUGUAACUAUGGAAAUCAAGUUAGCCAAUAGAGCUUUACGAGUAUUUGUCAAGCAUUCGACCAAAACGAGUAAUAAUCUGGAUGCUGUUCAAUUCUUUCAAGUUAUUCAAGAACCAAGUCAUUGCAGCAAGUUGAAAAUUAAGAAAUUCAUUACGGAUAUUUCAGAUGGACUUGUAUUCGAAUCCCUGCUUCAUCCUUCUAAAUACUUGCUACGAGAUAGUAUGUCCUCACAGAAAACAGAAGAGUUGUACAAGUCUUUGGAGAAAACAUUGUUGGUUUGGUCCAAUUUCUUCCUCUAUCUUUAUAAUGCAUGUUGUCUGGAGAGAACACCAGAGAGGAAAAUAUUGGACCCAUUCGAAGAUGAAGAUCAACAAGAGCAACAGAAUGAAGUAAGUGAGGCCACUCGAAAAUAUCGUCAUGUGGACAAGCUCAAUAUUAUUUUCACUCAACUUGUGGAAUGUGCUUGCAUGUUCGAUUACAAUCACUUUGUUCACAAAUCACUUUCUGAUUCACCAAUCGGUAAAUUUGCUCACCUUGCAAAGAAGGCCGAAAGUUUGAAUGAACUAGUGAGAGCCAUUCUCGUUGUCAUUUUACAGAAACCAUUCAUUGUGGAUGGUAUUUUGAGUAGAGAGAAUUUAAAUGUCAUUUCAGAAAGACUUGGAAUUACCUCAGAGUAA